CUUUGCCCCCUACACCCCUUAGGUAGCUUCAUCCUCUCAUGAAGAGGUAACAAUUAUCAUUCUCUCUCACACACUACAUCAUCAUCCCAAACACAAACAAAAGGGUAAUAAUAUCUUUCUCUCACACACACAAACACAAACACACAGUGCCAUGGGAGGGGAUGAUGUUUGAAUAAUCAUUAACCAGUUGAUGAUCAAAGCAAAGGGGUGUUAAUGGAGGAAUUAGUAAGAAGGAGGGCGGCGACGCCAUGCAUAUUAGUGAUGGGUAUAAUGGAGGGAUGGACAAUUGGAUUGACAAUAUUGGCAAGCACAAUCAUCUCCAAAGGCAUCAACCCUUUUAUCUUUGUUGCCUAUUCAUCUCUUCUUUCUUCCCUCUUCCUUUUACCUUCUUUCUCCUUCCAUUUUACCAUUUCCAUUGUCAGAACUGAGUUCUCUCUUCUCAUCAGAAUCAUCACCCUUGCCCUCAUAGGGAUUCCAAUAGCACAAAACUUGGCAUAUGUUGGAUUAAGCUAUAGCUCCCCUAUUGUUGCAUGUGUAAUGGCCAAUCUCAUUCCAGCCAUUUCCUUCUUACUCAAUAUCCUUCUCAGGAGAUCAAGAAUUGAUUUGAGAAAGGUAAGUAGUAGGAUAAAAAUAGUGGGUAGUUUAAUAUCAAUUGUUGGGGCUCUAUCAACCACCUUUUAUAAAGGUCCUGUCAUAAGCCCACAACUCAUGACCAUUUCAUCGCCGAGGCUUUUCGUCUUCAUGUCUCCGAACCAACGUUGGAUUCUCGGUUGCGCCCUUUUCGCGGCUGCGUCCCUGUCUUUUGCUGUUUGGAACCUUGUCCAGGUGGAAACUGUUAAGUUGUAUCCUGAUGCUGAUGCGAUGAAAAUAGCGUCGUCGUAUACAAUUAUCGGCACGUUAGUAACUGUAAUUGUGGCUGUUGUGAUGGAAAGGGAUUUAACUGCUUGGGGUCUCAAUAUGGAUAUCAAUAAUCUCCUUGUUAUUGUUCUAACAGCAGUUUUUGGCAGUGUGGUGAGAAAUAGAGGUCAAAUGUGGUGUACAAAGCUGAAAGGCCCUUUCUUUGUGCCACUCUUCAAGCCAUUGACUGUCCCUUAUGCUAUUUUCUGUGGCUGUUACUUCUUUCCCCAUACUUUUCACUACGGCAGCAUUGUGGGUGCAGUUAUUGUUGGGAUGGGAUAUUAUACAGUGAUGUGGGGAAUGAUGAAAGAACAAGGAGAUGGUGAAAUUCCUAGAACCGUUUUUAGCCAUAAAGGAUCAUCAGAAGAUGAUCUAAAGGUUCCUCUUUUGCAAAAAGAAGAAGUUUGAGCUGUUUUAGGAUGUACAAUUCAUUGUUUAUACAUAGCUAGCAGCUGGAAGUUGAUAAUUCUGCUUUUGUAGAGGAAUCUGGAAAUCUAGCUAAUGUUAAUUACUUGCAAGUAUUGAUCAUUGUCCUCUAUGAUCAAUUCAUGGUUUGUUCUGAUAAACUUUUCUUCUAGCAUAUUUUUUUUUGGUG